AUGGAUUCCCAGGAUGAAGUUCCAUUUCACAUUGUCACCCCACUGAAGGAAAGCUCUGCACUGUCUAGGAGGGCUGGAACCCCGGUUCUCAUAAAACUGGAGAACAUACAGCCAAUGGGCUCCUUCAAGAUACGUGGUAUAGGACAUUAUUGUCAAAAGCUAGCCAAGAAGGGAUAUAAGAAAUUUGUCUGCUCCUCAGGUGGGAAUGCUGGACUGGCAGCUGCAUAUGCCUGUAAUAAACUGGGGCUGCCUGCCACAAUUGUUGUGCCUGAACAGACCCUGAAGCAUGUCAUCCAAAGACUUGAGGAUCUGGGAGCUGAAGUGGUGGUCACAGGCAAGGUUUGGGAUGAUGCAGAUGCCCAUGCUCACCGCUUGGCUGAAGCUCCAGGAUCUGUGUACAUCUCACCAUUUAACCAUCCUCUGCUUUGGGAAGGUCAUUCUAGUCUGGUGUUGGAAGUGAAAGCAGCUCUGGGGAAUCAGAAGCCGGGAGCUCUUGUGGUUUCAGUAGGAGGUGGAGGGCUCCUUUCUGGAAUCAUUGAAGGACUUACCAGAGUUGGGUGGUCUGAUGUGCCCAUCAUUGCCAUGGAAACAUUGGGAGCACACUGUCUAAAUGCAGCCCUUGAAGCUGGGAAGUCUGUGACUUUACCUGACAUUUCUAGCAUUGCCAAGUGCUUAGGUGCAAAAACAGUAUGUGACCGAGCUUUGGAGUGUGCAAGAAAAUACAAAGUUAUCUCUGUGGCCGUGGAUGAUAAAGAAGCAGUCCAAGCUAUUGAGAUGUUCCUGGAUGAUGAACUGAUGCUGGUGGAGGCUGCAUGUGGAGCUGCCCUUGCUGCAGUGUAUUCAGGACACAUCCAGCGCCUGCAACAGGAGGGCAAGUUAGAACAGCUACAAGGACCAUUGAUAAUGAUAGUAUGCGGGGGAAGUGCGAUCAGUCUCUCUGAGCUUCAGAACUUUAAAUCCCAGCUGGGAAUGAUUUAA